UGGAGCGCCACAAAUGUCCAUCAAAGUUUAACAAACGCCACCACAAGACGACUCGGUACCUCCAUAACGGCCUGUUUAACCCAGAAAGCUUGGAUGCGCCGGAUAGACAUGGAGACUUAUCCCACUUUAGGACCAGUUUGACCCAGCGGUGAGUCCUCCAGAACAACAAGAAAAAAGAUCCACUUUCAAUUCGAACCGCCGAGAUGGACCAAGCACCGAGCCCUCCUCCUAAAUCGACCCAGCACGAACCCAUCAGCUUCGGAAUCGAUCAGAUCUUGGGAGCCGGGACGGAGUCAGACAACGGGCCCGGAAGACAUCGCAAUGUAAGCGGCGGGGACGGUUACUACAGCUUAGGGAGCCCGACCGGGAGCAGCGCGCCUGCCUACACGGCUUUGUCCAUCUCCCUGUCCGGUGUCAUGCCCCCGGCGGAGGCGUCGGUCUCGUACGGGGAGAGCAGGAGUGUGGGAAGCCGAGGAGUGAUUCGAGUGCCGGCCCACAGACCUAUGGCAGCGCCGGGACCGCAAACCCCGGUUCAGAGCGCCGUGCCGGGCUUUGGGGGUCUGUGUUUCCCCUGGAUAGGAAACCGCUUCGCUAAGGAAAGAAUAUCUGCGGCUCUGGUUCCAUUCUCGGUGACGCGGCGGAUAGGCCACCCGUACCAGAACCGGACGCCCCCCAAAAGGAAAAAGCCGCGCACGUCCUUUUCAAGAGUGCAGAUCUGCGAGUUGGAGAAACGUUUCCACCGCCAGAAGUACUUGGCCAGCGCCGAGAGGGCAGCCCUUGCCAAAAGCCUCAAAAUGACCGACGCGCAGGUCAAAACCUGGUUCCAGAACCGCAGAACCAAGUGGAGGAGGCAGACAGCGGAGGAGCGGGAGGCGGAGCGCCAGCAGGCCAAUCGGCUCAUCCUGCAGCUGCAGCAGUCCGCCCUGCACAAGUCCCUGGGCGAAUCCGCUGUGUCUGACCCGCUGUGCGCGCACAACUCCUCCCUCUAUGCCCUGCAGAACCUGCAGCCAUGGGCCGAGGACAGAGAGUAGAGACGUGACACCAGACUUCGAAUCGAUGGGCGUCAUCUGUUAUUCCCAAUAGGAUGACGAGAUCCACUUUUCGGUGCGGGGGCCAUGUGAGAACAGUAAAUUUGCGAGUGAACUUUGAUGGAUGGGAAAUUGCAAGACAAAUAGAGGACGUCUGAGCGGUGAAAUUAGACCUUGCACAUUUUUGGGGGUGAGUGACGUCAAUCACGAAGCAAAUGGGACUUCAAUUUUCACCUCUGAGACUUUUUCAUAUCCCCCCC